GCGCAGAUAAUUACUGUUUGAAACGGAAAAGAGGCAGCGUUAAGCCUUUACUUUCUUGUCUGUGUAAAAUAAAAAUAAUAACGCGUCAUUCUACGAUUCCUUUCAGAAACUCCUUAUAUAACGGGGAAUGGCUUCCGUUUCCAAAUCCUUCCUCGCCGAUGCCGGCUAUGGGGAGCAGGAAUUGGAUGCCAAUUCCGCACUCAUGGAACUGGAUAAAGGUCUUCGAUCUGGCAAGUUGGGAGAACAAUGUGAGGCUGUUGUCCGUUUUCCAAGACUCUUUCAGAAAUAUCCAUUCCCAAUUUUAAUUAAUUCAGCAUUUUUAAAGCUAGCUGAUGUUUUCAGAGUUGGUAACAACUUCCUGAGGCUGUGUGUUCUGAAAGUGACCCAGCAAAGUGAGAAGCACUUGGAAAAGAUCCUGAACGUGGAUGAAUUUGUGAAAAGAAUUUUCUCAGUUAUUCAUAGCAAUGAUCCAGUUGCUCGGGCAAUCACAUUAAGGAUGCUAGGCAGUAUGGCUUCCAUUAUCCCUGAGAGAAAGAAUGCACAUCACAGUAUUCGCCAAAGCCUUGACUCGCAUGACAACGUUGAAGUUGAAGCUGCCAUUUUUGCUGCAGCCAAUUUUUCUGCCCAGUCCAAAGAUUUUGCUGGAGGAAUAUGUAACAAAAUAAGUGAAAUGAUUCAAGGUUUAGCCACUCCGGUAGACUUGAAACUGAAGCUGAUCCCCAUUCUGCAGCAUAUGCACCAUGAUGCCAGCCUGGCUUCCAGUGCACGACAGCUGCUUCAACAAUUGGUGACAUCCUAUCCAUCUACUAAGAUGGUCAUUGUGACUUUGCACACAUUUACCUUGCUUGCUGCCUCUUCUCUGGUUGAUAUCCCCAAGCAGAUAGAACUCUUACUGCAGUACAUGAAGAAUGACCGAAGAGAGGCUGUAAAGAGGCUUGCUAUCCAAGAUUUAAAGCUGCUUGCAAAAAAAACACCACAUACUUGGAACAACGAGAACAUUGAGGCCUUGUGUGAAUGUGCUCUUCAAACUCCUUAUGACAGCUUGAAACUAGGCAUGCUCUCUGUACUUUCUACCCUGUCAGAUACAAUAGCCAUCAAACAGUACUUCAGCAUUGCUCCAGGAGCAAAGUCUACUACAGCAAGGUCAUCUGAUCUAGUCAAGCUUGCCCAGGAAAGCUGUUAUCAUAAUAAUCAGAAUAUUGCAGCACAUGGAGUACGUGUUCUGACAAAUAUAGCUGCUUCUUGUCAAGAAAAAGAACUUUUGCCAUUGGAACAAGAUGCAGUCUUUGGCCUUGAAUCUCUUCUUGUUCUUUGUAGCCAAGAACCAUGUUCAUCUCCUGAAACAACCUUAAAGAUAGUACUUAUUUGUAUGGUGAAGCUGGCCAAGAGUCGCCCCCAUCUGAGCCAAUCCAUCGUGGAGUCCUUGUUGACACAGCUGCCUCGUGCUCAGGAUGCUGCUAGAAUUCUCAUAUGCCAUUGUCUGGCAGCCAUUGCCAUGCAGUUACCCGUCUUAGGAGAUGGAAUGCUGGGAGACCUAAUAAAUCUCUAUAAAGUGAUUGGCUGUUCUGCUGCCAAUAAACAGCAAGAGCUUUUGGUUUCUCUUGCUACUGUGAUAUUCGUCGCCAGUCAGAAGACAUUAUCUUCUGAAGUGAAAGCUGUUAUCAAACAACAGCUUGAAAAUGAUUCAAAUGGGUGGACAGCUUAUAGGAUAGCCAGGCAAGCUUCAAGAAUGGGCAAUCAUGGCAUGGCCAAAGAGCUUUAUCAAAGCCUGCUGACUCAGGUAGCUUCAGAACACUUCUACUUCUGGCUGAACAGUCUGAAGGAGUUCUCCCAUGCAGAGCAGUGCUUAACCGGGCUGCAAGAGGACGAUUACAGCUCUGCCCUUUCUUGCAUUGCUGAGUCACUAAAAUCUUAUCACAAAGGAAUAGCUUCUUUAACGGCUGCCAGCACACCACUUAACCCUUUGAGCUUCCAGUGUGGGUUUGUUAAACUACGCAUUGACCUUCUCCAAGCUUUCUCUCAGCUCAUUUGCACCUGUAAUAGCCUGAAGACUAGUCCCCCACCUGCCAUUGCCACAACAAUUGCCAUGACUUCAGGCAGUGAUCUCCAGCGAUGUGGUCGUAUUUCCAACCAGAUGAAACUCUCCAUGGAAGAAUUCAGAAACCUUGCGGCAAGAUACAGUGAUCUCUAUCAGUCUUCUUUUGAUGCAGACUCUGAAACUCUGAGAAAUGUGGAACUGCAGCAGCAAAGUUGCUUAUUAAUAUCACAUGCAAUUGAAGCUCUGAUCUUAGAUCCCGAAUCUGCAAGCUUUCAGGAAUAUGGCUCUGCUGGAUUGGCCCAUGCUGCAAGUGAAUAUGAAAGGAGAAUGAUGUCUGUCUUUGGCCAUGUGUUAGAAGAAGUGGAAGCCCUGAACCGAAAAUAUACACCAGUAUCCUACAUGCAUACAGCUUGUUUGUGCAGUGCAGUCAUUGCCUUGCUGAAAGUUCCCUUGUCAUUUCAGAGGUAUUUUUUUCAGAAGCUACAAUCAACUAGCAUUAAGCUUGCCCUAUCACCCUCUCCACGUAACCCUACUGAGCCCAUUGUGGUUCAAAAUAACCAGCAACUGGCAUUAAAAAUAGAGGGAGUAGUCCAACAUGGCUCCAAACCAGGCCUUUUCCGAAAGAUUCAAUCCAUCUGUCUAAAUGUAUCGUCAACCCUGCAGAGCAAAUCUGGACAAGAGUACAAGAUACCCAUCGACAACCUAACUAACGAGAUGGAACAGAUGGUGGAGCCUCACAACGAUUACUUCAGCACACAAUUCCUCUUGAACUUCAUUGUUGUUGGCACCCAUAGCAUCACAGUGGAGUCCUCAGUUCGAGAUCUCAAUGGCAUUAUAUGGAAGACAGGGCCAAAAACCACACUAUUGAUUAAGUCGCUUGAAGAUCCAUACUCCCAGCAGAUUCGGCUUCAACAACAGCAGGGGCAGCAGCUGUCUCAACAACCACAGCAGCUGCAACCACAGCCACGGACAGCAUACUCCCGUUUUUAGCUCUCAUAUCAGUCAAGGACCUAUGUCAAAGGCAUUACAGUUUGUUUGGAAAUUUUUCCUUUCCCCAGGGUUCACAUUUCUUCCUCUAUAACAGCAGCAGUCUUGAUUCUUCUUUGUUUCCUUAAGCACAAUUUGUAUCUUUGAAAUGCUGUGGGAUCACUAAUAUGACAGUAGAUUAAGGCAAUUCAUGUGGCAAACCGGUUAUAUAAAGUGGUUCUGCUUGAAGUUCCAGUUAUCAUCUUCAUCUCACUUCAUUACAGUUUUGCCCUUGUGAUGUAAAACAAGUCUUAGCUGAACUUAAAAAAAAACCCCAGUUUCAUAUGAUGUCUUUCAUAUACAGGGUUGUCAGUCACUAAAAGAAUGGGAUGGACUGAUGUUCUCUAAAAGCUUCUUAUGAUAACUUUCUGCUAGAGCAGCUCAUCUAACCAAGAUUCAGUGCAUGUGAUGAAUUGUAGUUGCAUAAUUACAUAACACAGCCAAUCACUUUAGUCUAGUUUCAUCCCUUCUUUCUUCAGUUAUGUUCUACUUAAAGAACAUUUUAUCUGAAUUAUUUCUUUAUGAAGAUCAUUAUGGAGCCUGAAAUAAGAAUAGUUUUGACUGGUAUCCCAAUUCAUCCAUCUUUAUCUGCACUGCCUGUGAGAAAUCUUUCUUGGUGAGUGAACAAGUAGAUAUGUAAGAAUUUCUUUUAUUCCACUCAUAAUAGCUCUUUGAAUUAUCCAAAUCCCACUUCCUGCUCUAUAUGAUUUUUCUUAUUACAAUAUUAUUUUGAAUACCCUGUUUCCCCAAAAAUAAGACCCUGUCUUAUAUUUUUUUGAACCCCGAAAUAAGUGCUUAGCUUUAUUUUGGGGGGAGGUCUUAUUAUUUUGGGGCAUGUGGAGCAAGAUGGGGGUCCUCUUGCCGUCUUACCUGAUUUCCACCUCUGUCUCCCUAACCGUAACCCGAGGAAAUGGCGGGGACCGGCUGCACAUGCACUUAAAUAUUUUCGGGAAGGGCUUAUUUUCAGGGAGGGUUAUUUUAGUGCAUGAGCUCAAAAGCCCAAUUGGGCUUAUCCGAGGAGGUCUUAUUUUCAGGGAAACAGGGUAUACUAUACCUAGGAAGUAUUCCCCCUCACCCUCAAAAUAAUACUAUCUUGAUUUAAAGUAAAUAUAUAAUAUAAUACAUCCAAAAAUUGGAGAAUUUUGAUACAAACAUCCACAUUGAAAAAGUGGCAAUACUCCUUAAAAAGAGAAUACAUUCUAAAGUAGAACAGUGAUAGAAGGACAAUGCAUGACCGCUAACCUGUAAUCUGAAAGGGAUGCACUUUGCCUGCUAUUAUUAGUUCCUUCCUUAUACAGGCUUAAUAAGUAUCCUGUUGAGAAGAUUCUCGCAUUACCUACUUCAUGAAUAAAAACUAGCUGAUAUAAAAAAAAGUGAGUGGAUCUGAUCACUGAUGGGCAUAUACCAUAAAUGGUAGUAACAAAAGAGAAAUUGUCCUUUGCAAUGGGCCUAGGCCUCUUUUCAAUUGAUAAUUAAUUAGUUGUUCGGUUGUGGAGAGUUACAAUCAUGUUGUUGGAGAUCCUCACUGUCUCAUUUAAAGUGAGUUAGGGAAUGUGUGUUUGUGUGUGUGUUUAUGUGUGUGUGGUAAUUGCUUUUUUACUGAGAGGGGCUUUUUAUACUGAUGGUAGGGAAAUUUCUCAAAUAGAUUUUUAUUAAUUAAAUUGUUGUGUAGCCUUUUUUAUGUACAUGCCAAUUUAAUAAAUUGUUUUAAGUUUUCAUUUAGGUAUUAAAAAUGGUAUUCUUUGUGAAGAAAAAAGGCAUUAUACACCCAUAUACUCACUAUCCAGUCAACAGACUUGUACACACACCUUAAUAAUGAAAUAAACACCACAUCCCAAUGCAUAUUGCAGCUCUAAGAAUGCUUGAAUCUGGACAGAACCAACACAGUUCUAAUUUUCAUAACUUCAGAAAAAGUCUGCUUUGGUAUGAUAAUUUUGAAAACCAGUAUUUAUUUAUUUAUUCAAUUUAUAUCCUGCCUUUCAUCCAGGAGCUCACAGCAUAUAGAUAGAUACUUUCCCCACAAUAACACUCCUAUGACAUAGAUUGAAUUGAAGGGGACUGAUUGGCCAAAAGUCAAUAAGAUUCUGUGGAGGAGGGUGACUAGAAAUGGAGUCACCCAAUUCAAGUCCAACUCCUUAACCAUUAUAUCAUGUAGCUUCACUCUAUUAGAUCUAGUGGUUACUUUUCUCCUUGUCUCUAGCCCAUUUCUCCCUUUCCCCCUCCUCCUGAAGUAUGGAUAUUAGUUUAUGACAAAGCAUUGUCAUAAUUAUUCAUGGUUCAUAAAAUAAUGAUGUUAGACCGAUUUCCAUUCUAUGUUUUGAGAAGACGUUUAGACCUCCUUUUCCACAAACUUAGCAAGAGGAGGAUUUUUUGCAACUUAAAAAAAAAAAUCAAUGGAAGCAAUUUUCCCAAGGUGUCUUGUUUUGGGGAGUGAACUGAAGAGUGGGAGAGGAGGCUGCAGGCCUUUGGAGAGAUUAAUGUAAGCAGAAGGAAGAACAUACAUGCACCCUUUAGCUGUAUUGUAAUUAAAUAAGGGCAUGAACACCACAUUCUACCCAUGAGAUUUUCACUAAAAUUCUGAAAAUUUCCAAAAUUGAAAUUUUACAAUUGCUAAUUUAAUACAUUAGUAGUAAAUCACUUCCAGUGGCUUUAUAGCAGAAUGAUACAUGUAGUUUGUGAUGGAAUUUAGUUAGAUUACCUGUUUGUUGCUGACAACCAGAUCUGAUUUCCUGAUACUAGGGAAAAAAACACCCAAAAUAGUUAUUGUGUGCCUAAAUAUUUGCUUCAAUGCAGUGCUGGACUAGAUGAACUUCAGCAAAUUGAAAGUGAAGGCAUGGUCCAAUUAAAAAAACUUCCUAUCAGGAAGAGCAGUUUGACAGUAGAACUUAUUACUUGUAGAUUGUUAAUUGGUGGUAUUACACAGAGGCAAGCCACUGCAGUAAGCUUCCAUGUCCCAUGAAACUCCUUCCUUCUGAAACACCAUGCCCUAAAAAUGAUGUAUUUUAGUGUCAUAAAAGUGAUUGUUUUUAUGUUGAUCUUCCUCAGCUGUCAACUUCCCUCAUAUCUGUAUGCAUUUGAUGUCAUACACAUGUAUACAAAGAUGGGGCGUCAGCUGCACUGUCAUGCUUGGUUUCCUGACCUUUUUGACUUCUCCUUCAGAUGACCCAGAGCUACUACUAUAGUGUUGAUCCAUAUAAAUUCCAGGCUGUCAUCUGACCAGCUUACAACCAUUAAUAAUCUUGUCUGUUUUCGAUCAUCUAUUCGAAAAUGUGUAAGAUAGAAGAAGGGGAGGGAGAAUGUUUAACUUUAUUACAUAUGAUUAUGGUUAAUUUUUGUAAAUGAUUUAUUGUGGAUAUAAAUGUGUAAUUUUAGGGGUACUAUAUGAUAUAUUAAAGGUAUAAAGGAAUAGGAUGAUGGAAUAUUGUUUAAUUUUGGAGGAUAGAUAGUAAAAUUUAGGAAUUUGGAUAUAUUAUAUUUAAGAGAUGGAUGUAAUGUUAAUUAGAAUGUAAUUGUUAUAAUAGAUAUAUUUUGGAUAAGUUAUAGGUGUAAUUUUAAUAAUGUUAUUUGAUAUAAGUAAGGUAAAGUGAAGAUUUUAAUUACUACAAUUGAUACUUUGGAUAUUUGUAAUAUUAUUUGUUGUAUAUAUAAAUGUUAAAGAUGUGAAAAGAUGGACUAUUGCUUACCCCUGAAGGUUGGACAGAAAAAUUAAAGAAACUAAGUUGGAAAUAUGAACUAUUUUUGAGAGACUGCUAAGGGAAGAAAGACAUUUUAGAAGAACCCUUGGUGAAUAUUGGAAGAUGGAACGUUGUUUUGAUAUUGAUUGAUGAAGGUUGGA